AUGGAUACGAGUGAGCCUGUCACCGUUAAGCGACGAAGGACGCGCGAGGAUAGGCGGCGGACCGCUCGUGCAUGCGAUCGAUGUCGAAGACUAAAGGAACGGUGCGAGGGCGGCAUUCCAUGUUCGAGAUGCAUGCACCUUCAUCGAACUUGCGAGUUCAAGCGUCUGUUAUCGGUGGUUGAUCAUGAUCGUGCUCCUGGGCCGCUACCGACCGAAUCCACCGCUCCAUCUUCCCCGGAUGCCAAUGUCCCAGAGCUCCUAGAACGGGUGAUGUAUAUGGAGAAUAUACUGAAGCACAAGUUCGAUGGGAUUGACCUCGAUAUCGAUAGCCUGCGACGGAUGUCGAGAGCGCUAGAUGAAUAUGAGCAGAACAGCACUUUGGCGCCACCCGAUGAAGAUCCCAUAGAGGAAGAAGUCUGCACGAUUGAUCCGGUGGAAGAUACGACUACCCACUACUCCGGCGAGUUCUCGUAUUGGAACUUCUCCAUGCGCGUCAAGCGACACAUUGAGGACCGAAUGCAAGCUCAAGACCCUCUUCAAGUCUCCAAUUACUGGCGUGCCGAACAGCUGCAUUCGGGUACGAAUAGCAUCGCCGCGGCUAUAUCGUGUUGCCCGCCUCGACACAUUGCCGAUUUUCUGAUCAAGGUGUUCUUCAAACAUGCCGAAACUUACUAUGUUAUCGACAAGAAUUGGCUUGUGGAAAAAGUGGAUGCACUCUACAACGACCCGGGGAGAUUCGGGAACAAGGGCGCUUCAGUGGUGAGCGUAAUCCUCACCGUGUUCGCCAUCGCCACCCAAUAUGCCUAUCUCGAUUCGCCUGGCCAAAAAUCAACGGAGUUCUCAGAAGAUGCACUAGGGACGAUGUUCUACCAGCAAGCAAUUCGACUUCUUCCCGAAAUCAUUGAAGCUUCUUCUCUCGAAAGUGUCCAAGCUUGCCUGCUUUUUGCAAUCUAUGCACUUCCUUUGGACGCCUCUGGCCUUGGGUAUAUCUACAUCACUCUUACCAACCGACUAGGAAUGCAGAACGGUAUGCACCGAAAGUACACCGGUACCGGGUUGAGCGCCGCGAUGAUUGAAACAAGAAAUCGCGUUUGGUGGACAGCGUAUACGAUUGAGAGAAAAAUAUCCAUAUUCCACGGUCGGCCUUUGUCAACUCAUCGAUUUGACGUGGAUGCUCCUCUUCCUACGCCUAGGGAAGAUUUGCAUUCUGAUGGCCCGAUUUCCACUAUCUCCUACAUGGCUGCAUCUAUCCAGCUCACUCGGCGUCUUGAGGAUCUUUGUCAGGAGAUGUUUCUUCUCCGAACGCGUCCGAAGCACGAACGCUCGGCUGUCCUAUCCCGCUUGGUCACUGGGAAAACAGAUCUCGAUGCCUGGUGGAACAUGCUGCCGGAUGAAAUGCAGAACGUCCUGCCCUCCCAGCAUACAAAUUUCCGCGCGGGCAUACAUCUCCGGCUGGAAUAUUGUCUAGUCAGCAUGUUCAUUGGGAGACCGCUCCUUCUCAAUCGGAUCUCUUCACGUUCGGCGCCGACGUCUCCGGAAAACAGCAACAGUGGUGGUCAUCCGGAAGAUACCGGCGCCGUUAAAGCCAACAAGCAGGCAAGCUAUCGCCAGCAACUCGUCGAUUCCUGCAUCGAAUCUGCCAAGGAAGCGUUGAGGUUAUGCGGCGUCCUACGCAACCACGGACCGGGCCUCGCUCGCGCCUCGUACAUAGAGUACAGCUCCUGUCGGGCAUCGUUGCUUGUUCUUAUCGCCCGAUCGAUACAGGACCAGUCAAGCGAAUUUCGUCGUGAGUUGCGUGAAGGUUUGGAAAUGGUCCGCGAGAUGGCGGCGUCUGGGGAAUCGGCGAGGUCGGAAGUCGCUCUCUUGGAGUCGCUUGAGCGGGCGCUGGGACGAUUGAAUUGCCCGAACAGCACCGAAAACAGAGAAACCUCGGAAACCAGGCCCGCGUCCGACUAUGAGGGCUUCAAAAAUUGGGAGACGCUGUGGAAAUCUGGCGGCAGCUCAUUAUCAGAAAGUAGUGCAGGGCUACCAGCUGGCCAAUGGACGCUAUCACCAUCUGGUGCUCACUGGGGUUCUUCCCUCGCCCAGCGGACGCAAACUGGACCCUUCUCAUCGACUGUAGACCACAAUGAGAACUUGCCCGAUCUACACUCUCCCCACUCGUUUGACACGCUGCCCUUUGAUAACGGUGACCUGCAUCUGGAUCCCGAGCUGCGGUUUCUGCAAGAGUUUCUAGCGAUUCCGGGCUACAGGUUUGAUGCCGGUUUGGCAAUCGAUAAUGAGCUUGGCCUAGGCGGGACUGAGACACCGUUCCCUGGAUAA